AUGAACGCUUCUUGUAUUAUUGAUUUGAAUCGACUUUCAAUCCAUGAUAACCAAAAUCAUAUCCAAGAGCCAACACAAGAUGAUCCAUUUGCAUCAUCUCAUUCUAAUGAAGUAGAGCGGCCACAAUCCUCACAACAAGAUGAAAAUACGACUAUACCAUUAUGGCCAAAAGAGCCAAAAUGUAACCAAGAUGAAGAUAGAAAGAUCCAUCCCAGUCUAGCUCAGGAAAUUGAUGAUCUCGUCAUGAAAGCUAAUCAAUACGAGGAACAAGAAUUAUACGAUCAAUGUCUCUGUUACUAUAACAAAGUUUUAUCACUUAGUAUCAAACGCUAUGGGCGUUCUCAUCGACGUGUUCUUGAUAUUUACUGUGCUAUUGGAAAAUUGCAAUUAAUACUAGGUUUAAUUGAAGAAUCGCUUUGGUCUCACUAUCAGGUACUAAAAGUAUGCACAGAGCAUUAUAACAACGAUAACCUCCUUAUGGCGAUGGCAUACUACCUAGUAGGAGAAUCCGUUGCGUCUAUGGAUCGUUGUGAAUCGUUAUUAUUCUUUAAGGAAUCUUUAGAAAUUUUAUUGAAUUAUAGUCAAGAAGUGGAUGAUGAUAAUGAAUUUGCCAUAAGUUUGAUUCAUGGGGCCGUAAUGGCGAGUAGAAAGUGUUCUAGCCAAAUUGCUAGCGAAUAUGGCUAUUUUAUAUUAACCUUGUUAUCAUCUAUUAAUCAUUCUUGUAUAGAAAUAGCUACAACAGAGGUUGAUAUCCAUUUCCUGACCUGUGAAGUCUUUCAUCUGAAAUUGGAAUCAUUGGAUUUAUUGGCACUAUCAGAGGCAAUUAUAUCUAGUAGCAACAACGUAUUAGAGGCUGACGAUCAUUUAUCCGAUGAAAUAGGAUUUAACAUCUACGAUGGCAAUAAUUGGGAUUUUUUAGAGGAAAGCAAACGUUUGGAACAUUUAAAUCAAUGGCAACGACAAGCAUUAAUCUCAACCGCUGCUAGCCAUUAUGAUCGUGCAUUGCAACUUUAUUACAUGAUUAUUGGUGCUGUUCAAUGUUCAUCAUGGAGUAGCAGUCAUUUAGAACUGUAUAUAACAAGUCAAAUUGCAGCGCUACAUUACUGGUUGGCAAAAGAGGACAAUUUAGACUCAAUUCAACAUUUAGAAUUAAGCCAUAAAAUGUAUCAAGCAGCCGGAAAGCUUUCCGUGUCAAUUUAUCCUCAAUCUUAUGUUAUGCAUCAAACAAUUCAUUCAGGCAUUGAAAAGUGUGCUUCAUUAAUGGAAAUGAAGUCAGAAAUGACUAGGAAAUCGGUGAAUCCUAUCCCUACUCCUAUUGCCAAUCAUGGAUAG